AUGGCCACGCAGACCGCGGCAGACACUCCCAUGGAGGAGGUAUCAGCACCGACUCUUUCAAAUAGGACAGCAUCCAAGCCAGAAAGACUACCGACAACAGUGGACAAACCCACACCAUACACCUAUGAGCUAGGAUAUCUAACAGCCGUCGACCCGAACCCCCUCCCCAGCACAACAAGUCUCCUGGCUUCGUCAUUAGCCGACCGCAAUCAAACCCUACAAACCGUCGCCCGGGAUGGCGCACAAUCACUUCUCAACACCCUUUUGACCAGCUGUAACAUAACCUCCACUUCCGACGGCCUUAUAAUGACUCUACCGCCACCCACAAACCCCCUACCACGGUGGAAACCGCUCCCGAAACCUAAAGCACCCACGAAGUGGGAGUUAUUUGCUCGUAAAAAAGGCAUUGGUAAAUACGGCGGCAGCGUCAAGGGCGGAGCGGCACUCCAAGAGCGGAGAACGAACAUGGUCUUCGACGAAGAGUCAGGCGAAUGGGUGAAGAAGUGGGGUUACAAAGGGAGGAAUAAAAACAGAGAGAGUGACUGGUUGGUGGAGCUAGAUGAUGACAAGGUGAGCAGAGAGAAAGAUGGAUUUGGCGGAGAAGGCAGGACUGUCAGAGGAGAAGGCAGGCGGGAACGAAUGGAGAGGAUCAAGAGACAGGAGAGACGGCAGAGAAAUAAUGAGCGGAGGAGUAGAAAGGCUGGGAAAUUCGGUUAA